AUGCAUGUCUUUUUUGUAGGCAUGAGCCUGUCCUCUGUGACGCUGGCCAGCGCCCUGCAGGUCAGGGGUGAAGCUCUGUCUGAGGAGGAAAUCUGGUCCCUCCUGUCCCUGGCUGCUGAACAGCUCCUGGAAGACCUCCACAACGAUUCUUCAGACUAUGUGAUCUGCCCCUGGUCAGCCCUGCUUUCUGCAGCUGGAAGCCUUUCUUUCCAAGGCCGUGUUUCUCACAUAGAGGCUGCUCCUUUCAAGGCCCCUGAACUGCUGCAGAGACAGAACGAGGAUGAGCAAUCUGAUGCGUCUCAGAUGCACGUCUAUUCUUUAGGAAUGACCCUCUACUGGUCGGCAGGGUUUCAUGUUCCGCCAAAUCAGCCCCUGCAGCUCCACGAGCCCCUGCACUCCAUCCUGCUGACCAUGUGCGAAGACCAGCCUCACAGGCGGUGCACAUUGCAAUCGGUUCUGGAAGCUUGUCGGGUUCAUGAGAAAGAAGUGUCUGUCUACCCAGCCCCUGCUGGUCUCCACAUCAGAAAGCUGGUUGGCUUGGUUCUGGGCACCAUUUCUGAGGUGGAGAAAAAAGUUGUGGAGGAAAGCUCCUGUGUGCAGCAGAACAGAAGCUACCUGCUCAGGAAAAGGCUGCAUGGGACAAGCGGUGAAAGCCCAGCGGCACAGGCCCCAGAGUGUCCGCAUCCCUGCAGAGUUUCAGAAGGAAGCACGGAGGCCCAGCACUCUCCAGAGCCUCAUUGGAACGCCUCACACAGUCACUGCAGCCUCCUCGUUAACCGCACUCUUCCAGGGGCAGAUCCCCAGCACCAAGAGGAGGGCCGGAGGCUCAGCUCUGGAUCUGUGUACUCGGCAGCAGACAGCUCAUGGCCAACAACUCCUUCUCAAAGGGGUUUUCUGCAAAGAAGGAGCAAGUUUUCCAGGCCGGAGUUUGUCCUGCUGGCUGGAGAGGCCCCCGUGACCCUACAUCUGCCGGGAUCAGUCGUGACCAAAAAAGGGAAAUCCUAUUUGGCUCUCAGGGACCUCUGUGUGGUCCUGCUGAACGGGCAGCGCCUGGAGGUAAAAUGUGAUGUGGAGUCAACAGUGGGAGCUGUCUUCACUGCUGUGAUGUCCUUUGCCAACCUCGAGGAACUCACCUACUUUGGCUUGGCUUAUAUGAAAGGCAAAGAGUUCUUUUUCCUGGACAAUGAAACCAGAUUGUGCAAAAUAGCACCUGAAGGCUGGAGAGAGCAGCCACAGAAGACCUCCACGAAUACCUUCAUACUCUUCCUGAGGAUAAAGUUCUUUGUCAGCCACUAUGGGCUGCUCCAGCACAGCCUGACAAGGCACCAGUUUUACCUGCAGCUUCGGAAAGACAUCCUGGAGGAGAGGCUGUAUUGCAGUGAAGAGAUGCUGCUGCAGCUGGGGGUCCUUGCCUUGCAGGCUGAAUUUGGCAAUUACCCUAAGGAGCAGGUGGAGAGUAAGCCAUACUUUCAUGUUGAAGAUUACAUCCCAGCGAGUCUGAUAGAGAGGAUGACUGCUCUCCGGGUCCAAGUCGAAGUCUCAGAGAUACACCGGCUCAGCUCUGCACUCUGGGGAGAGGAUGCUGAGCUGGAGUUCUUGAGGGUCACUCAACAGCUUCCAGAAUACGGUGUGCUGGUUCACCAAGUAUUCUCAGAGAAGAAGAGGCCAGAAGAGGAGAUGGCCCUGGGGAUCUGUGCCAAAGGUGUCACAGUAUAUGAAGUGAAAAAUAACAGCAGAAUUGCAACUUUACGGUUUCAGUGGAGAGAAACCGGGAAGAUUUCAACUUAUCAAAAAAAGUUCACCAUCACAAGCAGUGUCACUGGGAAGAAGCACACAUUUGUCACAGAUUCAGCCAAGACCAGUAAAUAUUUACUGGACCUCUGCUCAGCCCAGCAUGGGUUUAAUGCACAGAUGGGCUCUGGGCCGCCUUCCCAUGUUUUAUUUGACCAUGAUAAGUUUGUGCAAAUGGCCAAUUUGAGUCCUGCACACCAGGCCCAGUCUAAACCUCUCAUUUGGAUUCAGAGAUUGUCAUGCUCAGAAAAUGAGUUGUUCACAUCCAGGCUUCGGGAUGCUGCAGGAGGCUUGCUGAGUACAUCACUGGAUAACUUCAACGUGGACACCAGCAAGGAGGCUGGAGCAGAUGGCAUUGGGCGCAGCCCCUGCACUGGCCGGGAGCAGCUGAAGAGUGCCUGUGUGAUUCAGAAGCCAACGGCCUGGGACUCUCUCUCUGGGCCACUUGUUCAGGGCAUGCAUGCAGGGUCACAGAAUAAUAGGAGGAAGAGCUUUACGGCUGAACCAGGCCGAGAAAUAGUGCAUGUGACACUGAAACGUGACCCACAUCGUGGUUUUGGUUUUGUCAUUAAUGAGGGAGAGUAUUCAGGCCAGGCUGACCCUGGUAUUUUUAUAUCUUCUAUUAUACCUGGAGGACCAGCAGAAAAAGCGAAAACGAUCAAACCGGGAGGGCAGAUACUAGCCCUGAAUCACAUCAGUCUGGAGGGCUUCACGUUCAACAUGGCUGUUAGGAUGAUCCAGAAUUCCCCUGACAAUAUAGAAUUAAUCAUUUCUCAGUCAAAAGGUCAAGAGUCAGACACAGGUGUUUGCGGAAAUGCCCAAAAUGAAGAAAAGAAUAGCACAGCCAAUUCUGGGGUCUCCUCUACAGACAUCCUGAGCUUCGGGUACCAGGGAAGUUUGUCACACACAGAAAACCAGGACAGAAAUAUUGAAGAACUAGACAUGGUUGGGGCACAGAGCUUAGUGCCCAGGUUGAGACAUCAGCUCUCUUUUCUGCCGUUAAAGGGUUCUGGUUCUUCUUGCCCUCUGUCACCUCCAGAAAUCAGUGCUGGUGAAAUCUACUUUGUGGAACUAGUUAAAGAAGAUGGGACACUUGGAUUCAGCGUGACUGGUGGCAUUAACACUAGUGUGCCCUAUGGUGGUAUAUAUGUGAAAUCCAUUGUUCCUGGAGGACCAGCUGCCAAGGAAGGGCAGAUCCUGCAGGGUGACCGGCUCCUGCAGGUGGAUGGAGUGAGUCUGUGCGGCCUCACCCACAAGCAGGCUGUGCAGUGCCUAAAGGGGCCUGGGCAGGUUGCAAGACUGGUGUUAGAGAGAAGAGGCCCCAGGACUACACAGCAGUGUCCUUCUGCUAAUGACAGCAUGGGAGAUGAACACACGGCUGUUUCCUUGGUAACAGCCUUGCCUGGCAGACCUUCGAGCUGUGUCUCGGUGACAGAUGGUCUUAAGUUUGAAGUCAAACUGAAAAAGAAUGCCAAUGGUUUGGGAUUCAGUUUUGUGCACCUGGAGAAAGAGUGCUUCAGCCACCUCAAGAGUGAUCUUGUGAGGAUCAAGAGGCUAUUUCCAGGGCAGCCAGCUGAGGAGAAUGGGGCCAUCGCAGCUGGUGACAUUAUCCUGGCCGUGAAUGGAAGGUCCACGGAAGGCCUCAUCUUCCAGGAGGUGCUGCAUUUACUGAGAGGGGCCCCACAGGAAGUCACGCUCCUCCUUUGCCGACCCCCUCCAGGUGCGCUGCCUGAGAUGGAGCAGGAAUGGCAGACACUUGAACUCUCAGCUGACAAAGAAUUCACCAGAGCAACAUGUACUGAUUUAUGUACCAGCCCCAGCCUGGAUCAAGAGGACAGCUGGAGGGACAGUGCCUCCCCAGAUGCAGUGGGAAGCCUGGGUCUCAGGCCAGAGUCUUCCCAAAAGGCCAUCAGAGAGGCACAAUGGGGCCAAGAUAGAGAGAGACCUUGGGCCAGUUCCUUGACACAUUCUCCCGAGUCCCACCCUCAUUUAUGCAAACUUCACCAAGAAAGGGAUGCAUCAACAUUGGCGACCUCUUUGGAAAAGGAUGUGAGGCAAAACUGCUAUUCAGUUUGUGAUAUCCUGAGACUUGGAAGUGCCCAGCACUGUUCCAGGCAUUUAGAAGACAGGUUGCAACAAGAGAAACAUAAGACCUGGAGCUGCUGAGACCACCUGUGAGCUUUUGGGAAAAGCAAGCCCUACCCAGAUCACAAUUGUCCUUAAUAUGUCUUGGAGGCUAUAGAUGGCAGACCUCAGGUUUUGUCCUGGCCCACAAAACUUUGUCCUGUAUCCUCCAUGGCCUCUUAAAGCAGUGUAGUAAGAAAGAAGUUCUUACAUGUGUCCUCACUUCUGUUGCUAAUAUGGUGCUUUAUUAACAUCAACUUUUUAUUGCUAAUAUAAUGCUUUAUUAAUAUCAGCUUUUUAAAAAAAUGAUGGGGUCUUGCUAUGUUGCACAGGCUGAAUUCAAAACUCCUGGGCUCAAGUAAUCCUCCCACCUCAGCGGGUCAAGUAGCUGGGUCUACAGGCACCAGCCGUCAUGCCUGGCUUCACCAGUUUUUGUUUUCUGAACACAUCUAUAUCUUCAAGACCACCCUGAGACAUUCACUUUCACAGCCAUUUUUAAUUUAGUCUGCAUUUUUGUGCCCAUCCAUCUGUAAGUAUUUCUGGUUCUCAGAAAUACUGUGCUGAGGGAACACAUGGUCUUUGAUUCAGUUUGAUAAGAACUUAUUACACAAGGUGCUUGGAAACUUGUAGGGAGCAGACAGAGGGCUGUACACGUAGGGUAAGACCUGCUUUUAGGCGUUUGCCAGCCAGAUAUCUGGGUACAAUGCAGGCAAAUAACGAAGGGCACUCAUUUGUGUUUGACACUAUAAACCCACUGAAAUUAAAUGGCUCUCAUUUGGUGUUCAUCCUAGAAGACUGUCGAAGGUAUAUUCAUAGGGAAUGGUAGUCCCUGUGAAGUGCGAAGCAGUGGUGUAAUACCAUUGGACCUGGUGAGAGCCGUGACAAACAGGAGCCAGGCAUGCAUUCCCUAAAACCACCCUAAUAGAAAACUUUGAAGAACGCUGUGUCAGACAAACAAGAGCUAACUGGUUUGCAAAGUAGAACAGGGUGGGCAAGCACAUUCAUCAAUGACAUUCAUAUUCAUUGUCUGAUAAUGUAUAACAUAAGUGUAUUUAUAGUUCCUUACAAUUGCAGUCUAGGCAGUAAUUGACAUCCUUGAUAAAAUAAUAAAGAAAAUAACCUAGAGAUUUGUCCAAGGACAACCAUUACCAUGAUCUUAAAGGACAUAUAAAGGGAACCGUAGGCCGGGCGCAGUGGCUCACGCCUAUAAUCCCAGCACUUUGGGAGGCCGAGGCAGGUAGAUCACAAGGUCAAGAGAUCAAGACCAUCCUGGUCACAAGGUGAAACCCCGUCUCUACUAAAAAUACAAAAAUUAGCUGGGCAUGGUGGUGCGUGCCUGUAGUCCCAGCUACUCGGGAGGCUGAGGCAGGAGAAUUGCUUGAACCCAGGAGCCGAGAUCACACCAUUGCACUCCAGCCUGGGUAACAACAGUGAAACUCAGUCUCAAAAAGAAAAAAAAAAAAGAAAGUGUACUUUCCUGUAGGCAGGAGGCACUUGUUUGGAUAUUUAAAGGUUUUGCUGCCAGAUAGUUGGGAGUAAUGAACAGGGACCCUGGGAGCUGAAUUAUAAAGUGGCUCUGGGUAUAGGUAUAAGCUGGGAAUUUGCCGUAACAGGUGCCUUUAAUUUAAUACAGUCAAUAGCUAUUUAAAAUGGUAUUUUAAACUAUUAGUAUAGGCAGUCACUGUUUCAUUUAUUAAAGUACAGAAAAUCACCCUGUUCAAUAUAAAAGUGAUCUAAUCUAGCCUCAAACUCCAUGCUGGAAUCUGCUCUGUCACAUUCCUGAAGAAGGGGUUCCAGCGUUUGCUUGAAAAUCUGCAGGGAUGUGGAACUUGCUACCUCUCAAGCGACCCAUUUUAUCAUCAUCUAGUUAUUGAUCAAAGGUUCUUCCUUGUAUAAAUAUGAAAUCUUUAUGCUGUUAUACUGUUCCUAUGAGACUAGCAUUAAAGUUCAACAUUUUGCAUACAGCAUGGCCAUAACUUCAAGCCUCCUAACUUCAUCUGAAGCUCAACCAAAGAAAAAGUGAUUUGCUUUCACAGAAAGGGAGCAAAUACAUCUUUAUGUCUUCUACUUCCAAGUCUGGAUACCUAUUUCCACCUAUCUUUUAGCAUUCUCUCUUUUCUUCUUUUUUUUUUCCAUGAAAUAUCACAAUUCCGUUUUUCUGAAACAAAUUAAAUUUGGCGUAGUGGCCCUUUCUGCAAGGGUAUA